GGUUCAGCCUCAAAACAUCUGCGUACCGACGCUUCCGGGUUUGUCUCGCGUCUCGUCCGUGCAGUACCGUAAGGCGGAGCGUCCGUGUCUGAACAGGCACAGCUCCAGUAGCGGCUCGCUGUUUAAUCCAGCGGUACACUCCACGUGCAGUACGCCAUCCGGCCAGAGGAGGGUGCUGCCUCACCCCAGCUCUGUCGGUAUGCUCAGAAGAAGCAGGACAUUGCAUCACCGUCCUGCGCCGAUGGAGUAUCGCCGACGGGCGAGCCACCCCGCAUCGCCCAACUACUGCAGCGCCACUCUGCAUCACUGUGGCCACAGAAUCGACCCGCCGAUGAAUUUACCUGAAGAACCGGACAUGGCGCUUAUGCACAGUAUGGGUCACCCUAUCGCACAGCCCGUCGCACACGCUUCACACGCUGUGAGUCAACCGUCUCUGAUCCCUCCAAUUGACAACCAUAGUCGUGUUCUGCCUCCAGACAUCAAUGAGGACGACAACAGAAUCCGAGCGUCGACUGAAUCCCACCUGCAGCAGAGGUUUGCUGCGGAGUUACCGUUACCCAGCCGACCGAGCGAAGGGCGAUAUCAUACCCUGAGUCACACGCCCAGUCAAGAAGCCAACGAUACCUGGCCUAAACCCGACUACCGUUCGGGCACAGGAGGCGGAGGCGGUCUCUACAGCACUUUGGAAGGCCACACGCCCACCGCAGCCAUCCGUAAAUCACCCAGCACAAACACGCGGGCGUUUCGAAAUCAGAUGUUGCGAGACAGAGCGUCUCGACUGGCGGACGAGCGUAGCGGCAUGAGCACAGACGAGGAGAGUCACGGCGACAUUCGAAUGGGCCGAUACUGGAGUCGCACCGAGCGUCGCGAACACGUGCUGCAGAAACAGAGACAGCAGCAGGCGAAGGGAGGCGUGGGUUUAGUCGCAGUGGGAGGAGCUUACAUGGAUAAUAGUUACAGUACCGUUCUGGAGCUGAGCCAGAAGAAACUGAGUCGUCUGAGGAACCGAAAGCUGUUUGACGACUGGACGACCGUAGAGGAACUUCUGACUCAUGGAAACCGUCUGGGUGUGAGCGAAGACGCCCUACAGCUGCCAACGUCUUUACUCACCGUCACAACUGUAUAGCGACACUCAUUGAGUGAAUUUAUGGAAAGCCCCUCCUCUCAAUCAUAAAUCUGAUACUCUGGGAAUAAUAUUGGAUAAUCUAUGGACGGAUGUUGGAUCGGGUGUGCAGGGUUAUGAUGGAGAUCAGGCAGCGUGUGUUGUGAAGUGUGACGGUUCUUGCACUAUAACUGUAGUUCGGUAAAGUAUUUUUAAAGCUAUUUUUCUUGUGCUCUUCACAAUUGAUGUCACGAAAAGAAACAAAGAACUUUUUUAAAGAAUUAUAUAUAGAGAAAAACGGCAGUAACAUACUUUGGUGAUCCUGAUAAUGCACUGACGUUUUCGUUUUGUUCUAACGUGCCAAUUUAUGGGAUAUUUUUGGGGCACCUUUCUGCAAACCAGUGGGUUUCAAUUUCACGAAACACAACCAGAAAAAAAAUUCUGUGUAUAUUUGAUGCAAAUUUUAACAGUUUUACACAGAAAUAUUUGCAUAAUUGGAUCAUUUACAUAACUAUGGUUUACAAACAUUAAAUGAGUUGACAGUUUACGUAACAAUUAGGGAUGCACCGAUACUGUGCCGAUACCGAUAUUUGAUUACUUAGAAUGAUAUCUACUGAUACAGAUUUGUUUUUUCCCUAUUGUUUCAAAAUAUUAUGUUAUUAAAUCCUAGAAGUGCAGAGCGUACAAAUGUUAACUCAGUUGUCAUGUUCACCCCCCAAAAAAAAGAUUUUUUUUAAAGCAAACAGCUGAUGUCCAAUAUUGGAAACAUUUUUUUAUCUCCCGAUACCGAUAUUCGAUUACUUCGAGAGAUACAUUUUUUUCUCAUUGUUUUAAAAUAUUAUGAUAUUAAAUACUUGAAUUAACUCAUUGUCACCUAAUUCAAAAUAAUCUGUUUUGAUGUCCAAUAGUGGGAAAAACGGUUUUAUCUGCCGAUACCGUUUAUAGGCUGAUAUAUCGGUGCAUCCAUACCAACAAUUAUUAUUUAAAAAAAAUUUACACAGAAAUUCAUUCAGUUCAAAAACUUUUAUCUGCCGAUACUGAUAUUCAAUUACUUAGAAUGACAUCUGAUCGUUUUUUCCCCCCAUUGUUUCAAAAUAAUGUGUUGAAAUCCUUGAAGUGCAAAGCGUACAAAAGGUAACUCUACUGAUACCGAUAGUUUUGAUAUCUUUUACCAAGUUUCAAAAUAUUAUGUUAUGAAGUGCUAGAAGUGCAAAGCAUACAAAUGGCAACUCUGUUGUCAUUGUCACCCAAAUAAAAAAAUAUGUUUUUAAGCAACCAGCCGAUGUCUGAUAGUGUGAAAAACCAGCCGAUACUGAUAUUCGAUUACUUGCAUCAACUGAUACCGUUUUUUUUUUUACUCACGGUUUCAAAAUAUUAUGUUGUGAAAUUCUAGAAGUGCAAAGCAUACAAACGUUAACUUUGUUGUCAUUGUCACCUAAUUCAAAAUAAUCUGUUAAUAAGCCGAUGUCUGAUAGUGGGAAAAACUGUUUUAUCUGCCGAUACCGAUUUUAGGCCGAUAUAUCAGUGCAUCCAUACUAACAGUGUUUGUUUUUUUGACACAUUUACACAGAAAUUGAUUCAGUUUGUGUUUCUAGAUUGAGACUCUUGUGUUUGAUCAAAAUCUGUCGUCUCAGUCUUUUCUUCAGCAGUAAAUCAGGAUUUUCUCCCACCUGCACUAUUUUUGGUGCACGAGCACUGAAGUGUUUACAAUUUUUCCUCACAACUGUGACUCUCUGUCUCACUCGCUCUUCAUCAUACUGAGGUGAAAUGGCGACAUUUUCGCUGCUCUGUGAAUAAUGGAUGUGAACGGACCGGACAUCUUCAUAUAACACACAGAUGAACACAAGCCUCUGUUUCACUUUUAGAGAUGAUUUUCUUGGAAUAUGAUGUACAUGUGGUUGUAAUAAAGAUGAGAUUUUAAUUAGA